CGUUAUCACUAAGUAUAUUUUUAUGUUGGUAUUUUAUAUUUUUUAAAUUUUGCCAUUGGUAACACUGAUUCUGACAAAGAAAGCAUGUUUCUAACCUCCAAAACUUGUACCAGUUGUAUUAUUGGUGUUUGAGUAUUGACUACAUGCAAUAGUGUUUAAAUUAGCCAUGGAUGCUGAAGACAUAUUUAAAAAGUUUAGCAGGGGUGCAAAAUUUACCAAGAGGAAACUACCAAAGGUAUCUUUACAACCGCUCAAAGUUGACAAGGAGGUGACAAUACCAAUUAAACAAGAAUAUAAAGAAAUUCUUAAAGAAGAUUCUGAGAAUGAAGACACCACACUAACUUUACUUGGUAAUAUGACUACAACACAGACCAAAGGCAAAAAAAGAAAAGCUACAUCUGUAUUAGAGGCUGAACGUAAAAGUAAAUUGCUUGUACAAGAGAGCGAGAAUCAAUUUAGGAAUGAACUUCAAAUAUCAGUGCAUGGUAAAGAUAUUCCAGCAGCAGCGAAAAGUUUUGAGGACUUGGAUAUCAAUCAAGAUUUGAAGAAGAAUUUUGAAAAAUGUGGUUAUAAAGAGCCAACACCAGUCCAAAAGCAAGCAAUUCCUAUUAUGUUAAAGAAUAGGCAGAUCUUAGGUUGUGCUCCUACUGGUUCAGGAAAAACUGCAGCCUUUCUUGUGCCCAUAAUUGAAACUUUGAAAGGUCCUGAAAAGGUUGGUGUGCGUGCCCUGAUUUUAUCCCCAACCAGAGAAUUAGCCAAGCAGACAGUCAAUGAAUGCAUGAGGCUAUCUGAAGGGCGAUCUCUCAGAGUGCAGUUAAUAACAAAGGCCACUGAGGAUAAGUUUAAAAAGUGUGAUAUUUUAGUUACUACACCAAAUCGUUUAUGCUACUUGCUCAAGAGUGACCCACCAGCAAUAAGUUUGAGUUUUGUAGAGUGGGUGGUUGUUGAUGAAGCUGAUAAAUUCUUUGAAGAAGUUGGCAGAAGUUUCAAGGAUCAACUAGAUGAAAUUUUAAUGGCUUGCACAAAUUCAAAUAGGAAAAUAGCCAUGUUUAGUGCAACUUAUACUCCAGCUGUGGCCAAAUGGUCACUAAAGAAUAUGGAUGGAGUGAUCAGGAUGUUGGUGGGAGCCAAAAAUUCUGCCACAGAUUUGGUUGAUCAAAAGUUGCUUUUUGUUGGCAGUGAAGCUGGUAAAAUGAUUGAAUUUAGGAACAUGAUACAUAAAGGUUUUACACCGCCCGUACUUGUGUUUGUGCAGAGCAAAGAAAGAGCAAAGCAACUUUUCUCUGAGUUGGUUUAUGAUGGAAUCAAUGUUGAUGCUAUCCAUGCGGAUCGGACGGAAACUCAACGACAAAAUACCGUGAGGAGCUUCAGGGAGGGCAAAAUUUGGGUGUUGAUAUGUACUGAAUUGAUGGCCAGGGGUAUCGAUUUCAAAGGUGUGAAUUUAGUGAUUAAUUAUGACUUUCCACCAUCCUCCAUCUCUUAUGUGCAUCGUGUGGGCAGAGCCGGAAGGGCUGGACGCAAAGGCGAGGCUGUCACAUAUUUCACAUUAGAUGAUACUGUUAAUCUAAAGAGCAUAGCUCAUGUUAUAAAACAAUCUGGAUGCGAGAUUCCCGACUACAUGAAUAAACUAAAGAAACAUAAGAAGAACGAGAAGAAGAUGCUGAUGCGCAGGGCACCGAACAGGGACGAUAUCCUGACCAUGCCUUACGACGAUCGGUUAAGAAUCGACCGAAAAAUGGGCAAGGAGCGCAUGAAGCACACUUUGAAGCACGUCGAAGCUAAGGAGAAGAAGGAACACGAGAAAGAGGAGGCCAUGAAGGCGAAGAAAAAGAACGGAGACGGUGAAAAGAAGAAACACGCGAAGAAGCCAGAGCAUAAUAAGAAACCGAUGAAGAAGGUACGCGACAGAAAUCUGACCAAGAAGAAGAAGUUCACCAAGAAAGGAAAAUAAGUUAUGUUAAACUUAUUUGAUGUAAUAAAUAUAUUUUUAAGAUUA